AUAUUUUCGUGUAAGGAGACAGAACAGAAAAAAACAAAAAAACAAAAAACGAGAAAAUAUAGUUGCAUAUUAAUACGGACAAAUUUUUAAAAAUUUUUAUGGGCUAUAGUCUAUAUUCCAAGCUGCAAAUUCAAAACAGGAUCUUAUCUUCAAUCAAGUUUGAACACAAUUCCUGGUGAAUGGUGAUAUGGUAAAGAAAACAAUACGAAAAAGAGCUAGAUUUGGCUAAGCUUCUAUGCAUAAUCCAUGGCCCCAUGUGGCACAUGGGGCUCUCCUCCUCCAUGUAAAAUACUAGUAGUAACUGUCCAUCAAACUACUGUUAGUCUGUUACUAAUUGCCUAUCAUCCUGAAAGUGUAGGAGACAAAAUACAGUAAAUUCUUGGUUUAAAUAAGCAGUAGUGCCAUUGGAAAUCCAAACUUGGCAAUUACUAGGGUUUGUCACUUCCCAACGGCCAUUCCCACCUUGAGCCCCAAAGGCCAAAGCUCUCCCUUUUUCUUUUUAACUUUCCCAUCUCCUUAUCUACUCUUCCAAAAGUCAUUUUACACUAAUUACCUUUCCCUCUCGUAGGCAGAAUAACAAUAUUUUAGUCAGUGAAUUCUAACACAAAGACACAAUGUCAAACAAGUCUCCAAUCUUUCCGAUGCCUGAACCCCAGCACUUCAGUGACUAUGGCUUUGACCCCCAAAUCGGCUAUUUUCAGGUCUUGGAAGAAGCAAGAAAGCACAGGAAAGAAACAUCAAGAUCCAUAGACUCACUACAUUUCAAGCUCCAAAAACCCAUCUCAAAAGACGAGCAAUAUUCCAAGAAAAACCACAAGUCUAAAAAGAAGAAACGUUGGUGGAAAAAUGCUUUCUUGUUCUUCAAGUGGAAAAAAUGGAGUCUACAUGGCAGUAAGAACCACCGUGACACUCUUGAUCUAGAUCUUGAUCUUGAACCUGACGUCCAUCGUGCAAGGGCUAGAGCUUUCAGGGCUUCAAUUUCAGGACCCAUUUACAUAACUGAGAGCAGAAGCGGUUCAAGCACUCCUUACAGAAGCACAAGUCGCCCAUCUUCAGGUCCCUUGGCUGGAACUUUGACUGCUACAAGAAAAGGAGAUUUGGAAAUUCCUUAUCUCAGUCUCAGGGAACUCAACAUGGAGCAGCAUCACAGGGUUUCUACCUCUGCCAUGCCCAUAUAUUUGGUUACUUAACCAAACCAAGCUUUCUUAAUUUGUUUUCCAUUUUCUUUAACCCAUCUUUUUUCGGGUAAAGCUAGUUUUUUAUGCUCUAGCUUUGUUCUUCCGAGUCUUUGUUAUCUUUCCCAUCUGGUCCCUCUUUUCAUGCGGGUUGUGCAAGAUGCAAACUGAGUGUUUGAUAUGUACUGUUAAUGGAGGAGAUCGCUUCAUCCUCCAUUUUCGUUUGUUGCUUGGUCCUUUAUUGAUUUCUGCAAACUAAUGAACUCGUGCUUUGACCAAGACUUUCUACUUUUUUCCCCGUACUUGUUUCAUUGGAAUCAAUGAUUUUUUAGUUUAAUCCUGUAUACUUGUGAUCCCAUUCUAGUUCAGCU